CCUUGAUAAAGAUUUAGAAUAUAUGCCCGACAUGACAUCAGAUACGAGUUGUUUUGACAUAAUUAUUGGCUCGUCGGCUGGUUUUGUAAAAGAAAUUUCGAUUAGCAAUCACACUUUAUCUCCAGCUUCGCUAAUUAAGAAUGAAAACAUUAGUACAAUGUGCUGGUGUGGCUCAUUUGAAUCUGAAGUUUGUUAAUUUCCGUAUGUUAUUUAGCGCUUAUUGGUUCUUUUUGGGUGCCGUUCUGGGAAGCUUUAUAGCUUAGACACCAAGAGCCACUCAGUUACUCCUGUCGAGCAAUUCUCAAAGUCCCAAGAAGAUUCUGUUGUUUCUCUGCAGUCAAAUGACAAGUUAGUAUGCGUCUUUGAUUAUUAAGUCAGAUUUAUCCUUUCAGCUCAUUCAUCAGGAGAGAUUAGAGUUUUUUCUCGUGACUUUACGUCAGAGGAAUUUCAGCUAAAUGCAUCAGGAUUAAUUUGCUCAGCAAAAUUAGCGGCAAACCAAAUUGUUGCCGGGGGAAAAGAAUUAGCCUUGCGAGUGUGGGAUAUAAACAACCACGGUUCGCCGAUUUUCACUGCUAAAAACGUCCGCUCUUCUGUACUGGAACUUUCUGUCCCCAUAUGGAUUGCUGAUAUUAGCGUUGUACCUAAGUCUAAUGGAAAGCUCAUAUUAACUGCCUCGAGAUAUGGCGAGCUGGACAUAUACGACCUUCGAUGUGGCCAACGUCGACCUGUUGCUCGUCAUGCAUGGCGUACAAGUCGCAAACAUGGAAAACUCCAUGUUGGUUCCGGGAAGCACAGUGCAGUGCUUCCGGAUUUGACCACUACUAGACCAAUCACAAAAGCAGUAGCUUACGAUAACUCUCCAGGCAUAGGAUUACGUGUUGUUGCUGGGAACGCAGUUGGUGAAUUAUCUGUUUUGGAUUUAAGACUCCCUCCAGAAUAUUCUAAUUUGAAUUCCUCCGAUGGCCCCGGUGUUAUACCAGUUAGAAGCUACGGAUCUCGAGCACCUGGCCCACCUUCUGGUGUUCGAUGUCUUGCUGGAGCUUCAGGUUGUAUAACGCAUUUAAUAUGUAGUGGAACUGAUGAAGAAAAUACAUUUCCGUUCAUGGAAGCAGCUAUAAAUAGUGAACCAAUCAUUGUAGCAUCUUCGCUAGAUCGGUAUUUGCGACUUUAUAAUCGCGAUACUGGAAAGCGUCUUGGAAAGAUAUAUGUUAAAGUCCCUGUAACAUCAUUUCUUGUCCGUAGAAAUGCAAGCUUUGCGAAUAUUGAGAACUUUUUAAAGAAAGACAAUGAUAUUAGUGUUUCAAACGAAGAAGAAAAAGUUGAAAGUUCUUACGGCAUAUCUAAGACAGAACAGAAAGAAUUUGAAGACUUGUGGAAUCAAAUACCAGUUGUCGACAACGAUAAUGACGGUGUUAAUGAAGGCGGUAAAAGGACCACUGGGCUUAAAAUUGGUAAACGGAGGCGCAAGAAGUAGAGAAUAGUUGAUACAGUGUUGUGUAAUAUUUUGUGUAUAAAAUAUUAAAAAGCAAAACUAAAAAAA